AUGACCUUGUACGAGUGCUACCGGCUCCGCCAUCCCUGGAAGACCGCCUGUCAUCUCCCUACGCUCAAAAGGAGCCUCAGCGCCACGAGAUGGUCUCGCCGAUCGCCCCAUCUGACCAGCGAGCGCUGCUGGAGUUCAGCAAUUGUUGCAGGAACCAAUGCACUUGAAGGUGUUGAAGGCCACGCCCGAUGGUCACCUUUGGCACGCAGCCGAGGAGCCUGUUGGCGGGAUUGCAGCUCCCAACGUUUGGAGAGACGACGCGAUGCCGGGGCUCAAUUCGCAGUGAGCUCUUGGCUGCCCAGUUCCAAGCGGAUGCGCCAGUUCCUUGAGGGAUUAGGUGCGGAGAGCGCAGGUGCUGGAGAGUUUGGCACCACGAUAUGUGGAACAGGAUGGGAAGAGGAUAUCGUUUCUCACCGCGAUGUGUCUUAUUUAUAA